CGCCCUGUCAUCCGGAAACAAACAGCUCCGUCCACCCCGACUACACCUCUACGUUCACUAGGCACGCCGGAGGAAACGUGCACAUUACAUUGUCGAUCUCUGCCUCCCGCUUGCAGGACCAUGGUUUGACCCCAGGGCUAGCACAUCAUGACGGCCCUUUCUUUGGACGUGCCGCAGCCUGCCCAACUCGCGCGAGGGCAAGGCUCAGCCCAAUUCUCCAGGGUCCCUGCCCGUGACAUGUCGGCUGCUUCGUCGCCCGCCCGUCACCCCGGCUCUUUCUCGCGCCAAACCACUCACGCUGUGUCGCUAAUCCAAGCCCAGUACGCCGAGGUGUCGGCAUCAGCAUCGGGGCAGAACGGCAACAUGCGCGCUAUGUCUCCCAGCCGCGCUCACUCACGACCCGGACCGCAGAUUGCCGAUGGGAGAAGGAGGUCGGCGUCGCCUGGUCCGUCGUCUCGACGGCCGUCGAGUGCGCCCGGAGACAAGCAGGGUAUUCCGUCAAUCAAUCGAGCUGAAGACGGACAUGGCGACGAUGACCAACGCGCUGCUGCUGCAAGACCAGCGAAGCCGCCACUGCUUCGCUCCAAAAGCGAAUAUGGCCUGCGGCACGAGGGGAUUGAUGACGAUGUCGAUGAGGAAUACUACGACCUGGGCGCCAGACAUGGCUUUGAGGAUCAUUACUUGUCCGAGGACAUCAUCGCUCAGCUUGCUAAUAACUGGUACAUGUACUUCACCGAAAAACGGCAUGAAACGACAGGCAAGCCAAAGACCCCAGCCUUCGAGCUGCAGGACUGGCGAAUGCGUGACCGGCUCAAAACCGUGUCCGCCGCCAUCGCCAUAUGCCUGAACAUUGGUGUCGAGCCGCCUGACCAACUGCGGACCACACCGGGCGCUAAGCUCGAGGCCUGGCAGGAUCCCACCGUCCCGCCCGUAGGAAAGGCACUGGAGAACAUUGGCAAGGCGCUGCAGACCCAGUACGAGACGCUCGCCCUCCGCACCCGGUACAAGCAGUAUCUCGACCCGUCGAUAGAAGAGACGAAGAAAUUCUGCAUAUCCCUUCGCCGGAAUGCCAAGGACGAGCGAGUCCUCUUCCAUUACAACGGCCAUGGAGUCCCGAAGCCGACCGCGUCUGGCGAGAUCUGGGUUUUUAAUAAGAACUAUACUCAGUACAUUCCCGUGUCGCUGUAUGAUCUCCAGCAGUGGCUGCAGGCUCCCACGAUCUUCGUGUGGGAUUGCUCCGAGGCAGGCAACAUCAUCAAGAACUACCACAAGUUCGUUGAGAAGCACGAGCAAGAGGAGGAUGAACAGGCCUCGAAGGAUGCCAACUACGAGAAGAUGGUCUACCGCCCUUACAUCCAUCUAGCCGCCUGCGACUCCAAGGAGAACCUCCCUACGAACCAUCGUAUCCCGGCAGAUAUCUUCACUUGCUGCUUGACCACGCCAAUUGAGAUGGCACUCUGGUUCUUCGUUCUGCAAAACCCGCUCAAGACUAAGAAGAUCGAUCCCGAGAGAGCGAGGAAGCUUCCGGGGAGACUUCAGGAACGGCGGACGCCUCUGGGAGAACUGAACUGGAUAUUUACGGCUAUUACGGAUACCAUUGCCUGGACAACUCUCCCGCGACCCUUGUUCCGCAAGUUCUUCCGGCAAGACUUGAUGGUGGCGGCCCUGUUCCGCAACUUCCUCCUGGCUCAGCGCAUCAUGCCUGUCUACGGAUGCCACCCCCAGUCCUACCCUGAGUUGCCUGACACCCGCCGGCAUCCACUGUGGGAGAGCUGGGACCUCGCUGUAGACAUGGCGCUCGCGCAGUUGCCCAUGCUGGAGAGAAAGGAGACGGAGGGCCUCCAGUACGAGUAUGUCAACUCGACAUUCUUCACCGAGCAGCUCACGGCUUUCGAGAUCUACUUGACUAGAGGUGACGCAGUCUCGCAAAAGCCCCCUGACCAGCUUCCUGUGGUGCUUCAGGUCCUCCUCAGUCAACAGCAUCGGCUCCGAGCCUUGAUCCUGCUGAGUAGAUUCCUUGACCUCGGCCCGUGGGCGGUACAGCUGGCCUUGAGCAUUGGCAUCUUCCCUUACGUGUUGAAGUUGUUGCAAUCGGCUGCGCAGGAGCUCAAGCCAGUCAUGGUCUUCAUCUGGACACGUAUUCUCGCCGUCGACAUCUCUUGCCAGCAGGACCUGAUCAAAGACAACGGCUACACGUAUUUCGCCGUCAUCAUGAAGCCGCAAGAGAGCUUCCCGCUCGUUGGCGGGCCCGUCCUCGACGAGCACAAGGCCAUGUGCGCCUUCAUUUUGGCCAUGCUGUGCAAGGGAUUCAAGCCCGGGCAGAUCGUUUGCAACUCGACCGACAUCAUGACCUACUGCCUUCACCAUAUCGCGCACCCGGAGAACCCACUGCUCCGGCAAUGGUCGUGCCUGUGUAUCAGUCAGUUGUGGAGAGAUCUCCCGGAUGCAAAGUGGAGGGGUAUCCGGGAGAAUGCUCAUCAUAAGCUCUCUUUCUUGAUCAAGGAUCCCCAGCCCGAAGUCCGCGCCGCUAUGGCGCACGCCAUGACCACGUUCCUCGGCAUUCCCGAUCUAACCGAUGAGGUGGCGAGGAUGGAGGAAGGCAUUGCCUGGGCCAUGCUGGAGAUGGCUACCGACGGCAGCCCGAUCGUCAGGAAGGAACUCCUCGUUUUCUUCUCGCAUUUCGUGCUUCGCUACGAACCCAAGUUUAUUGUUGCGGCCUACGAGCAGCUCUUGGAGGAGAAGGAGUACCAGCUGUUCCCGCCGCCAGAGGACGGCCUGGAACACAAGAUGGGGUUGCAUUAUGCGAGACGCGAGCACCGUGAGAAAGACGGCACCAUCAAGCCCACCGCGUUUGGCGUGGCACACGACUCCGUGUAUGCAGCAUGUUGGAAGCACAUCAACAUUCUGAGCGUCGAUCCGCACCCCGAGGUACAGAGGGACGCCACCACCAUUCUCGACUAUGUCCACCACGCCCUGCUGCAAUCGCCGAUCGGCGCAACCGCACACAAUCUCAUGGACGAGAUCCUCCGGCGUGCUAGGAAAGUGUCGAGAGGAGACAUGAGCCAGAGGACAAGCGUAGCGGGCACCCGUACUGCAGCGGCUCAGCCGUUGCCAUCUCCGGGUCUCCUCAAACGGACCGCAAGCUAUCUGUUUGGGCCGCUUAUGGGAGCGGCGGAUGGUUCCUCCAAGACUUCUUCAACCCCGCCCGCAACACCCGGCUUGCAGAGGUCAUUCUCGCAACGGAGCCGCAAGGGUCCGAGUCUGGAAAAUGCUCCCCCGGAACAGCAUGACCAAGGUGCGCCUCCAUCGAACUAUCAUGUUGCCCCUGAACCACUGUGCGCUGGUUACCAGGAGCGCAAGCUCAAAGAAAUGCCCGCCCUGCCCUUGGCCAGUACGUUUUUGGACUGGUCAACGGAGUACUUCCGGGAGCCUCAGAUGAAGGCACCCGAGGGCGAAGAGCCCGGCAGCAGGGAGUACAACGAGCGGCUAUGGCGGCGCUCUCGUAACGAGGCUGUCCUUAGAGAGACACAGCCGCAGAAGACGCACGCCAGAACACACAAGUGGAACAGUCAAGCCGGUGUGAUUCUUACUGGCUCUCAGCCAUCCAAGAUGACGUUCCACCAAUUCGAAAACCACCUUGCGGUUGCCGAUGACGGCAACACCGUGACGAUUUGGGACUGGAAGACCAAUACCCGGCAGAGUCGCUUCUCCAACGGCAACCCAGAAGGCUCCAAGAUCUCAGACAUGAAGUUCAUCAACGAGGAUGACCAAGCCCUGUUGAUGACGGGCUCCUCGGACGGUGUCAUCCGCAUUUACAACCACUACGACAGUGACGCAAGCGUAGAACUUGCAUCCUCGUGGCGUGCACUGACCCACAUGGUUCCCUCCAACGUCAACUCCGGGAUGGUCUUCGAAUGGCAGCAGGUCAACGGCCACGUGCUGGUUGCAGGCGACGAGCGAGUCAUACGGAUCUGGAAUGCGGGCCACGAAAUGUGCACUCACGAGAUACCGGCGCGGUCCGGCUCCUGUGUCACAUCGCUAACCUCGGACCAGAUGACCGGCAACAUCUUCGUUGCCGGCUUCGGUGACGGCGCCAUCCGUGUUUUCGACACGCGCAUGAGACCACAGGAGGCCAUGGUCCGCAAAUGGAAGGACGAGAGCAGGCAGUGGGUGCGCUCGGUGCACAUGCAGCGCGGGGGCCAGCGCGAGCUCUUGUCUGCUAGUCGCAACGGCAAGGUUCUUCUCUGGGACAUCCGCAUGGAGCAGCCCCUGAAGACGUUCCAGACGACCAAUGAUGUCCUGCGGACGGCGAGCACGCAUGAGCAUUUGCCCGUCUUUGCUGUGGGCACAUCUACCCAUCUAGUCAAGAUUUUCGACCUUGACGGGCACGAGAUCACCCGCGUUGAGCCGUACUCAAGCUUCUUGCAAGGCCACAAGGCAGGCCCCCUCACUGCCACCGCAUUCCACCCGCAUAGGAUGCUCCUGGGCUGUGCCGCACGUGGAGGCCACCAUGUCAGCCUCUUUGCUUGUGGCACCGAGCGGGUCGGACAGUUUUAGGAAAUCGUUUAUUCCUCGGCCCGCCGUUCACGCGAUAUUUUGGCAUUUUAAUCUUCGAUCUCGGCAGUCAGAUCCAAGAAAGGGGGCUUUUCUGGCGUCUCGGUAGACUGUUCGAGGGUGUAGGGGUACAGGUCGGCGUUGAGGUUAUCUACUUUUCCCCCAAUUCGAGUA